AUUGCAAAAAAUAUCAAUCCUAUACCAGCAUAUGAUACAACAAGAUAUAGUGGAGCAAUUAAUCUCCAAGAAAAUAAUAAAUAUUUCACUGAUUCACCACGUAAUACAAAUCUUGGAUUUGCUUCACCGUGUACAAAGAUAGAUAAAUGGUCAAAGAAAGAAUCGGUAAAUAAAAUAAUAGAAAAAGAAGAUAUCACAUGCAAUAAUUCUACAAAAUCCAGUAUUCUGUCAAUUUGUAGAAAUGUCAGUAAAGAAAGCAGUCAUUGUACAUGUAAAGAUGAAAUAUGUACGUGCUUAAUAAAAAAGAAAACAUUAAGCAAAGUUUCUUCGAUUUGUUAUCCGCAUUGGACAGAAAUUUAUAAUUUGACAGACACUUCUGAUACGAAAUUAGUAGAAUCAUUUGAAAGAUUAUGUGAUUACGUAGAAAAUAGCGAAAAUACAAAUAUUUAUUUCGACUUAUUGGAUCCUUAUCCUCGAGAAGAACAACAAAUAAAAGGCAAAAAUCUGCCAUCUGGAUAUAAUGUGACCUUAAUUCUUCCACAAUGUCUUUGCUGCAAAAAUUUUAAAGAUAAUAACAAAAUUGAAUGCCAAAAAAAAAGUAAAGAAAACUCUGAUGAAAAAUUACAAAGUAUAACCAAUUUACUAUGCAUAUCUAGUAUUAUGGAUCUUUCAUGGGAUAUAAUGCAAUCUGGAAUAAUUGAAAAAAUACCUGAGAAAUAUACAACAAGUAUUUUUGAAAAUAAAAAAAUUGAACCAACAAAUAGUGAAUGUUCCGAAGUUUCAAAAGAUAUAGAUGCAGAAAUAAAUUCUCAUACAACAUAUUGUUUACAUAAAAUAUUCUUGGAAAAGCUAAAUAAAUUUAAUUUUUUAAUGUAA